UGGAAAUGGGGUUGUCAAUAGUUGAAAAUGAUACCUUCACACUACGCUGUGAUUGCUUUACUCACUGCGGUAGAAGGCUAAAUAAGCGGGGUGAAUAUAUAAAUGACACUGAAAGUAUUUUUCUAUGUCACUUUUCAUCAGACCUUGCUCAAAUCGAGUUCAAAAUGAUAAAGGACUUUUUUCAAAGUUUAGAAGAUCCAAACAUGCCUCUUUUUGGUCCAAACUAUUGGCUUUUAAAAAAACUUGGGCUGCUGCUUCCCAAAAACCGGAUGGAAAGAAUUUGGAAAAUAAUCAUACACGAGAUUGUAUUGGUUUUCGUAAUCUCCCAGUACAUGGAACUAUAUGUAAUAAGAUCAGACUUGGAUCUCGUCGCAACAAAUCUGAAGAUUUCUAUGUUGAGCAUAGUUGUAAUAUUUAAAGCAAAUACAUUUAUAUUUUGGCAAGGAAAUUGGCGUGAAAUCAUCGACUAUAUAACUGAAGCUGAUAAGUUCGAAAGGAAUAAUCAGGAUGAGGCUAAAGGAAAUAUUAUCAACACUUACACCAAGUACUGUCGACGUGUAACUUAUUUUUAUUGGAUGUUGGCAUUUUUCACCUACUGUACUACUAUUAUUACACCAUUAAUUAAAUAUUGUUCAUCGGAGAAAUUUCGUGAAGGUUUUCACAAUGGAACUGAACAAUUUCCCCACAUACUCAGCUCAUGGGUGCCUUUUGAUAAAGAGAAUUCCCCAGGGUGCUGGUUCACUGUUAUAUUGCACAUGGGGGUAGGUUAUUAUGGGGGGUCUGUAGCGGCUGCUUAUGACACUACUGUCGUGGUGAUACUAGUGUAUUUUGGAGGAAAAUUGGAUCUGCUUCGUAUAAGAUGCAGGGAGAUGCUGGGCACAGAAGGAAAAGGAGUAAUCCAGAUUGUUCAACUCAGUUUUGUCACCUGUGAUGUUUUGCUACGUCGUCAUGUGCUCGCUGAUGAUCUGUGCCAGUGCUUUUCAACUAACCUCCGCAACAAGUAUAAUGCAAAAACUUUUGAUGGCAGAAUAUUUGAUAUUUGGCAUUGCUCAGCUGUUUAUGUUUUGCUGGCAUAGCAAUGAUGUUAUUGACAAGAAUGAGGCUGUAAUGAUGGGCCCGUACGAGAGUGAAUGGUGGGCAGCCAAUCUUAAACAGCGAAACAACGUUCUGAUACUUCAGGGGCAGCUGCAAAUCGUGCACAUUUACACCGCAGGACCUUUCACUAACC